AUGUCACGUCAUCCGACGACGCUCCAAGACUGCCGGUAUUUUGCCAAUGGAAUAUGUUCGAAAGGGAACGCGUGCACAUUUCGACACGAUGAAACGGCGAGGAGUGAAAACAUUUGUCAAUUUCAUUUAGCUGGAAAAUGCUCAUUCGGCGGCGCGUGCCGUUUCAAACACACCGCUCGUCCCUCUCGUAACAACAAUAUGGACCGCCCAUCCUCCUCAUCUACAGUAACCCCAGCUACAGUAUUGCCACGUGUUCGUCCCGUUCAACUACCAAAACCCAGUGGAUUCAACGCCGAGGCGCCGGCUUUUGUGCCCAGUUGGUUGAAGGAGACGUCUUCUGGCUCCGCCCCCAUGUCCUAUGCCGCUGCUGCCAACGCAAACUCCGCCCACCUGAAUGGACCAUCCACGUCUUCGGCAGCAGGAUCUAGAAAUCCUCAGAAUAUGAUGUGUCCAUAUAAUGAAAAAAGUGGAAAUUGCAAUCGAAAGGACCUGGAUUGCCCAUUUACCCAUGGCAAUUUGUGUGAUAUGUGCCAUCAAUGGUGUCUUCAUCCGUACGACAAGGAAUUGAAAAUGAAACAUUUACAGGAAUGCACAACGAAUCAUCAAGCUGAAAUGGAACGAGCCUUCCUGAUGCAAGAAUCCGAGACGAAAUCGUGUGGAAUCUGUAUGGAAAUGAUACUGGAGAAGAAUAUGCGAUUCGGAAUUCUGAACGGAUGUCAACACUGCUUCUGUCUGGAAUGCAUUCGAGAAUGGCGAUCGAGAGAUCAACGAGACGCAGGAAUGGCGACAAAAGUGGUACGGUCGUGUCCGGAAUGUCGUCAACACUCGGAUUAUGUCAUUCCAUCGUUGUUUUGGGUGGAGAAAGGGCAGGAGAAGGAGGUUUUGAUCAGUAUGUAUAAGGAUAAUAUGAAGAGCAAGAUUUGCAAGUACUACUCGAAUAACAAAGAAGCGGGAUUCUGUAAGUUUGGCAACAAGUGCUUCUACAAACAUCAACUUCCCGAUGGUUCCAUUGAUCCAGGAGAGGAUCCACACGUUCGUCGUCGUGCUCGUUUGGCCGACUUCAUAUUCCCGGACGAUGAGACAGAUACAGAUUCAGAUGCCUCGGGUUCAGAUGGCAUGUUCAAUUGGGGUGACGAUGAUGACGACGAGUGGAUGGAUCAAAUCGAUGAUGGACCAUUACAAUAUGAAGCUCAGUUCUAUCGAGCGAUCGCUAGCAUGGUUCGAGAGAUGAGAGAGUUGGGAGGAGAAGGAGGAGGCGAGGGAAGAGAAGCUUCUCGUGGCAGGCAGAAUGGCCAGAAUACACAGUAG